AUGGGUAUUUGGGAGCGAUUCAAUCGUAGCACGUUUCGUCGUAAGAACCGAAAGCGAAACGUAGUACCGCCUGUGGAGAAGCAGUCGGACGAUGACGAUGUAUUCUGUGAAGCCAGAUCCUUCUUCUCCGACGACUCCAUCACUCAGGCCGCUCGUGAAUCGGCGUUGGAAUCCGCCUUAGAAACUGUUUUCGAAUCGGCCGUUGAAAGUCAGGCAUCUACUCCACGAGACGACGUUUCGGAAAGGGCAUCAACUCCCAAGGCUGAGGAUUCAGAAAAGGCUUUAACUCCAAAUUCAGAGUCUUCUGAAAAGACUUCAACUCCAAAGGCUGAGGACGUAGAAGCCAAAGAAGCUCGCGCUUCUACUCCAAAACAAGAGGAUUCAGAAGGCGAUGAACUUACGGCAAGAGAAUCGUCGCCAGUGAGAAAAGACGACGGUCGCAUUAGUAAAAGUGAGACAGAAUUGAAGCUGCCAGUACGUGCACUAAUGCCAGAUGUCAGAAGAAACAGAAUCAGGUCACGAUCUAGGGCACGCACCUUCGUGGGACUUCAGAAGGAACUGGUGAAGAUGAGGGCAAUGAAUCAGAAGAAGUUGGACAAGAAAGGUUUGUUUUGUCAGAUUCAAUUUUGAUUUUUGAACGAAGUUCUUAAGGUGGUCAUAAAGUAAGUAGAAAAAGGAUGGCACGCCUUAUGCAAAUUCAUUUUUAAAAAUUUUUAAUUUUUUUCAGAAACUGCCGCUUUGGCCGACGAAAAGAAGGAAUCCCCAGAAAUGCCAUUACCUCCAGUACCAGAAGAGAAGUCAGAAGCGGCAUCUCAACCUGCCCCACCGCCACCUCCACCAUUACCCGCCUUCUUGUCAGUACGAUCUACACGACGAGAUUCGGUAGUUUCAACCAGGUCUACGAUAAAAGAUUCAGUACGAUCCAGAAAACAAUGUUCUGAAGGGUCAGUAGAGUCUACAAAAGACGAUUCUGAAAUUACGCUACGGGCUACAAUAAAGGAUUCUGAAGUCACACUGCGGACUGCAAAAAAGGAUUCUGAAGUGACGCUGCGAAUUACAGAAGAAAACCAAGAAGUGACAGUAUCUUCUCAGAAAGAAGGCACAGGAGCGUUGACAAAGCCUAAAAAAGAAGAUGCUGGAUCUUCUGUGCGUCAAGCACCUCCAGCUCCUCCAUUGCCACCUCAAUUGACUCCGAAAAGCCAUCGUGAAUUCAACGUGAAUACUCCACCAAGUGCCACUUCCACCCCAAAAGCACCCCUAGCUCCUCCACCACUCCCACCUGGAUUCUUGAAUUCUGGUCGGUCGAUAAAGGAACUCCCAUCUCUACGAAAGGCUUCUGUCCGCGAGGAACAGUUGUCUCACAUCCCGGCUCCCAAAAAGCCUACAAUUCACGUUUGGGGCUCGUUUUUAGACAGAAAUCCGGGUAAGUAGUAGUAUAACAUAGGUAUUGUUGUUGGGCUUGAAGCUUUAAUUUGUUUUACUUUCUUUCAAAAUUUUAAAUUGAAGUAACGAGUCAACUUGGUAUUGUCAUUUCUAACACAAUAUUUCUUUCAGAAUCAACCAAAGAAACGAUUUGGGAAGACUUUUCGGUCAAACUACCACGAACCGAGUUGUUCAACCAAGUCGAACAUGCCUUUGCCGAGAAGACCAAGAGCACCAAACUGACGAAGGCCAUGAAUCCAUUCAAAAGAAAGUCCAAAGAAUCCACGAUCCCAGGCCUCAGAAUACGCAACGCGUUUCUACUGUCAUUGGCUGUGAAUAAGUAGGUUGAAGUACGAUGAAAAUGAUACGAUACUACAUAGUAUCAUAGUAUAAAACCAGAGUAUGAAUAUAAAAUAAGUUAUAGUAGCUGAUGUCACAAGUAACUAUGUGUGACAUUUCUAAUCGACAUUUCAGCUUCAAAUGUAAGAAGGACGAACUAGUUCGUCGGAUUGCCCAAGCCGAUUACGAUUCGGUCCCCACCCAUUGUUGGAAAUGUCUCCGAGAGUCCUUCCCUAAUUCGGAUGAGGUAUGAAUAUAGACUCAAAUUGAAAAAAAAUUCAAAAGAAAACUUAAAACAAAAUGCCAAAAUUAGCGCGAAAUAAAAAAUUUUAAAAACUAAUCUUGAACUUAACUUCAGUUGGACCAAUUCAAAAUGUUGACAUCUACAAGUGGACUGGACGACUCGUACGAGUUCUGUUACUAUGCCUGCAAAGAAGACAAGCUCGGAUCAAAACUUCACUGUGUCUUUUUACUGUCACAAAUUGCGGAGAAGGUAUGUGGAUUUAACGUAUACUUGUUACAGUACCUUCAAUUUGCAUAUCAACGUAUUUUUCACGAUGUUCUAGCAACCUCUGGAAUGUUACAGUAAUCUCUAGGAUGUUAAAAAAACGUCUAUAAUGUCAAAGUAUACUUUAUAACAACACGAUACCUUUCAUAAUAUUACAGUAAACAUCGUAAUAGUACAGUACCUUUAAGAAUGUUACAGUACCAUAAAACCUUUUAGAUUGGUGACAUUGAGGACUACGUGAAGAAGAUUGAACAAGUUCAAAAAGCUGUCGACGCCCUAGAAGCCAAAGACAAAGAGAUCAAGGAUAUCAUGUUCUCCACCUUGACCUUGAUCAACUUCCUGAACACAGGCUCAGCUCACGAAGGAUCUCCAGGCUUCCAACUCACUUCUCUGGUCAAGUUUCUUCAGCUGAAAGGUGACGGUAAACUGAUGGCAUGGUUCGUGGGAGAUGGGAACCCCUAUUUGUACAGUAAACUUCCCGAUAUGGUGGCUACGUUGAAAACGGCCAGGUAAAUACAGAUCUUUCGAGUGUAAUUUUAAAUGUAUUUUCAAAUUUUAUUUAUCAUGUUUGACAUUAAUUUACAUGUUCUUCGAUAUAUAAUAUUUUUUAUGUUAUUUUAGAGAUACAAUGUUGUUUUCAGAUCUGUAGAAUUGUCAAACAUAAAGGAUGACAUAAAAGAGAACCGAAGGAACUCUAAACUUAUCUCUGAUCUGAUUACUGUUUGGCCGCGCGAAACUGAAACCUUCAAGAAGUGCGCGAAUGAGGUUACGGUAAGCUACAGUAACAAAUGCUUCAAUUUUAUGCUUUUUAGUGUAAUUUUAAACCAUGAAUUGCACAAAAAUACAGACUAAGUGUGUCGUUCGAUCAAAUUAGUGUCCAUUUUUAAGCUUGGUUUGCAUUGUACUUUCUGUAUUUUUAUAUUUGAGUAUGUUACAGUACAUUUAUAACAUAUUUAACACAUCUAAAUAGCUCUUUUGGUUGCAGAAGUACAACGAAACCAUUGAGAAGGCCGAGAACGUGCUCAAAACGCUGGAGAACGUCGAGAACAGCCUCAAGGUCAAGUAUUGUGCCAAACACAUCACGUUGACCGAAAUCUUUGCUCAUUUCCUUGAGGCGUUUCAACUGAUUUUGAAAGAAAAACAUUAA